CGUCAUUGCCAGUGCUGCUGCUAGCAGAAUAGUUCGCGCUAAUUAACGGUUGUCUGGGUCCAUUUAACUUUUGUUUCUUAUCAGUAUAUUUCACCCAGAUGCAAUAUUUAUUGUUUGUACUGUAGUCAUAUUUUGUUGGUUUGUUGCCCGCUGAUGUUCGCUGGCUGACUGGUUCAUCCUGAUCCAGGUGAAGAUGAAGCGCUGCGAUGCCCUCUGAUUUUAUAUCCCUCAGCUCCGAUCUCGACCUUAAUUCCCCCAAAUCCCUUUACUCUAAAGAGUCUGUGUAUGACCUCCUCCCUAAGGAGCUCCAGCUGCAGCCGUCCUCCUCCAAGACAGACACACCCACCAUGAGUCAGAAGAGUGGGGGAGAGGCCGGCCCGCCCCCUUCUGCAUCCCUGGCCUCAGAUGACGCCUCCUCCACUUCCAGCCCUUCUCCAUCCUCCUCUCAAGACAUGGGAGACCCCUGCACCACUGGCCCCAGACCCAGCACAGCCCCCUCUACCUCAGCCAUGGAACAGCCCCAGCCCCCCCUCCUCCACCAUCCCAGCAGUGCCCCUAGAGAGGGUUCCGGAGACCCAGUGGUUUCAGAGAUGCAGGGGGUAGAGGGAGCUCUGUCUACCCUUGGAGGUGGAUGCUGCAGUGGGACCAGCUCUGGAACAGGAGGAGGAGACCCAGGAGCAGGGGGGGUGGGAGCCCAGCAGCAGCCGCCCCAGAACACCCCCUCUAAGCGGAGGCCAGUGCUGAGCAUCUCUCCCCCUCCAGAGGACCUAUUUGAUGACAGCAAUAUGUCCUGCCAGGAGGAUCCAGCCCCGGCUGGCCCAGCAGGGCCAGACUCAGAACACAGCAGCAGCAUCUGGGCCGACGACUCAGCCUCCAACUUCAGCCUGAUCAGCUCCAGCUCCUACAACGACAACACAGAGGUCCCCCGCAAAUCCCGUAAACGCACCCCCCGCCAGCGGCCCGGGCCCAAGCCUGCACCCCCAGAGGACAGCAUGGACGUGUUUGAUGCAGACAGUGCCAAGGCCCCACACUUUGUUCUGUCUCAGCUGGGACCAGACAAGGCCAGCCCCAAGCCCAGUUCUCUGGAGGCUGGGUGCCUGCUGAAGGGAUGUCUUCUGUCAGGUCAGUACCCCCAGAAGAGUGAGGGUAAGGAGCUGAAGAUCCUGUUGCAGCCAGAGACCCAGCACCGGGCACGCUACCUGACCGAGGGCAGCCGCGGCUCUGUCAAAGACCGCACCCAACAGGGCUUCCCCACGGUCAAGUUGGAGGGUGUCAGUGAGCCGGUGGUGCUGCAGGUGUUUGUGGCCAGUGACACAGGCAGAGUGAAGCCUCAUGGGUUCUACCAGGCCUGCAGGGUGACAGGCCGCAAUACCAAAGCCUGCAAAGAAGUGGACAUCGAGGGAACCACUGUCAUAGAGGUCCCCCUGGAGCCCAGCAACGCCAUGUCACUGGCGGUUGACUGUGUGGGGAUCCUGAAGCUGCGUAACGCGGACGUGGAGGCUCGUAUUGGGGUUGCCGGGUCCAAGAAGAAGAGCACCCGGGCCAGGCUGGCCUUUAGAGUCAACAUCCCCCAUGCUGAUGGGUCUGUCCUUACCCUGCAGACCACCUCCUCACCCAUCCUCUGCACCCAGCCAGCGGGGGUGCCAGAGAUCCUGAAGAAGAGUCUCCACAGCUGUUCAGUGAGAGGAGGAGAGGAGCUCUUCAUCAUAGGGAAGAACUUCCUCAAAGGAACCAAGGUCAUAUUCCAGGAGAACCCAGCAGAUGAUAACUUGUGGCAGGCCGAGGCAGAGAUUGACAUGGAGCUGUUCCAUCAGAAUCAUGUGAUAGUGAAGGUUCCUCCCUACCACAACCUGUCUGUCUCCUCUCCUGUCUCUGUGGGCGUCUACAUCAUGACCAAUGCCGGGAGGUCACAUGACGUACAGCCCUUCACAUAUACCCCAGAAUCAGAGCACUCCCUGGACGUGUCUGUGAAGACAGAGGGGUCUUCUCUGGCUAAGGCCUGCAAUUUCCAGGACCAGAACAAGUCUCUGGCCUCUGACCCUGCCCAGUCUGCUGGUGAACUGGUCAAACGACAGGAGGUCACCCCUAUGGAGGUCUCCAGCAAUACCCCAUCCACAGCACUCUUCAAGCCGUCAUCUGACACCCUCGUCUCGGUCCAGCAAACCCUGGAGCUGAGCUCCAGCACCCCGCCUAGCACUGAGUCCUUCCCCAGCCCCAUGCCUCUCCAGUCUGGGGAGGUUGACUUCCCCCAGUCCCCAGUCUUCCCCUCCCUGGAGCCCCUCUGCACCAUCCAGAAGCAGGACAUCGCCCCCACUACCUCCUUCCCUGUCUCCAGCGACAACACCACCCUCCCCCCUGUCCCCACAGAGGUACCCCAGCAGUUCCUCCGGGACCCCCAGGAGAGCCUGCCUCAAGAUUCCUCCAACCCCAGCAGUGAGGUGGUGGUAGUGGGCAUGUCGCAGAUGGCACAGUCCCAGCUCCCCCUGUUCCCCCAGGACGGGGUGGCACAGUCCCAGAUCCCCCUGUUCCCCCAGGACGGGGUGGCACAGUCCCAGAUCCCCCUGUUCCCCCAGGACGGGGUGGCACAGUCCCAGAUCCCCCUGUUCCCCCAGGACGGGGUGGCACAGUCCCAGCUCCCCCUGUUCCCCCAGGACGGGGUGGCACAGUCCCAGAUCCCCCUGUUCCCCCAGGACGGGGUGGCACAGCUGGAGAGGGCAGUAAGGGAGCUCCAGGCAGGGGGAAGUGACCUGGUACAACAGGUUAUGGAGGCAGCAGUGGCUCAACAGCAGCUCAACUCAGUGUUGUACAGCCCCACACCCUCCACUGACUCACUGCAGCAACACGUACAGGACACCAUGAACAGCCUGAGACUGGGGGGAGCUGAGGGCUCUCUGGCCACACAACACCUACAGAUACAACAGCAACAACAGCAGAUCCUUGGCAACAUGCAUCAACAGCAGCAGCAGUUACAUCAACAGCAAGUCCUUGGCAACAUACAGCUACAACAGCAAUUAUUAUUACAGCCACAGGAUCAACAACUGCAGCAACAGAUACUGGGUAACCUACAACAACAUCAACAGUUUCAACAGCAGCAGCAGGUACUUGGCAACAUACAGCUACAUGAUCAUCAACAACUUCAGCAGCAGCAGCAAGUACUGGACAACCUACAACAUCAAAACCAAGCACUAGGCAACCUGCAACAGCACCAGCUACAUCAGCAACAGUUACAACAGCAGCUCCAGACUGAGUUCCUCCAGCCCCAGAUCCACUCCUCAUCUCAGCCCCAGCAGCAGCCUGUGUCUCUCCUCCAGCAGACUGGGGAGCUGCUCACCAUCCAGACCUCCAGCUUCCCCCAGGAGCCCCCCUCCCACUCCUCUCCUCCCCAGCAGCUCUUCCAGUCCCCCAGGCCUCUGUCAGAGACCUCCAGCCCCCAGCACCAGGCAGCCCUGCUGCAGAACACUCUGACUGUGCUGACCAGUGGUAGCCUCAGUCAGGAGCAGCAGGCCACAGGGUCCACACUGUUCCUUUCUCCCAACACCCUCUCUAACCAGGGUAGUCAACAGCAGCUAGCGUUCCUGUCCUCCAUGGAGACAUCAGCCUGUGAGCCCCAGACGAUGUCAAUGUUCCAGGCCCAGCAGCAGCAGAGCACCCCCAUGGACCAUCAGCAGUCCCUUCAGCAGGCACAACUACAGCAAACCCAGCAGCUUCCCAUGGCUCAGCAGAGCUCCUUGUUCCAGACUAGCAUUCUGCCCCCCAGCCAGCACCCUCAGCCCCAGCCCACCGGCCUCCUUCUCUGCACCGCCUCCCUCAAACCCCAGGCUCUGCCCCCAGCCCUCCUCUUUAGUACUCAGGCCCAGGGCCCCUCCAUGGGCAACAGCACCCCUUGCCCCCAGGACACCCCUGCUUCCCUCUUGUUCUCCCAGCCCACCAUGGUGGGGGUCAGGGUUGAGGUAGCCCAGACGGACCCAGUGGAGCCCAUGUUAUUCCAGGACCAGAGCUCCUCUGUAGGGGGGACCCCUGCCUCCAGAAAUACCCCUCCGCAGGGUCUGUUCCAGGGGCCGCAACCUAUGCAGGUGGGCUCCAGCUCAGUUAAUGGCCCUCCCAGCCAGCAGGGGGAUCUGUUCCUGCCACAGGGUUCUCUUUCUGGUCUGCAGGGCAGCAUGGCUACACAGGAACUAGGAAACCAGGCUGCAGCAGGGGAAACUAUCUUUGUAAUGCAGAGUGGGCUGGGGGUUGUGGGACUGCAAAGUACCACAUCCUCCCCUGGUAAGAGACCCCCAGAGCAGCUGUUCCAGACGGGAGUGAGCGGGAACGUUGGCCAGCCAGGAGGACAACCCAACCUGUUUGUGUUUGGCCUCCAGAACGAUUCCUCCCAGCUGAUGACGUCCUCUGGUUCUACAAUGUCUGCGCAGGGCCAGCCCCAAAACCACAACCCUUUGCAGGCCAGCCACAUCCAGCCUCUCAUGGACCCAAACAUGGCCCAGACCGCCACGCCCAUGCAGACUAAUCUUCAGACACCCAUGCAGACUGGUCUACAAAACGCCAUGAGUAGCUUAGAAAAUGCCUUGCAGGCUAACCUACAGACCCCAAUGCAGACCAACAUACAGACUACCAUAGAAACAACCCCCAUGCAGACCAACCUCCAGACCCCCAUGCAGACCAACCUCCAGACCCCCAUGAGCGCCUCCCAGAACAUGGAGAAGAUAGAGGACCUACUGGAGAGCCUACAGGAGCAGUGAUCUUUACUGGGACCACCGACACACUGAUGGGGGUUCUAGUGACUUCUGCCCACUCUUUGAACCGCAGACUGGGCCAGGUUGUGUCUGCUGCUUACAAUACAACCCCUCCAAGAAACACAGAUAUGGAGAAUAGGGGUAGAGAUGUCUGGCCAUGCUAUGAACCCCCUAAGAACAUGAAGUAAUGAAGACAUUUUAAAGAUUUAGUCAGAUGUGCUUGUGUACCCCUAGCUCAUAUUUUGAUGAGUGUCUGUACAUGCAUUGAUAGACAGACGGCCGGGCAGACUGCGUUAUGAUGGAUUGGUUGAGUGACUACUCCUCUUGCUGGAUCAGAGGACAUUAACUUCUGUAUCCAUCAGUCUCACAUGCAGUGGUUCUUCUAUUUCAUACUGUGUUAUUGAUGGCCUAACAUGGGGGGGAUACAGAAAGCCGGAGCAAAAGAGAAAGACAGAUGGUGGAUAGAUUGUGAGAUUUAAAAGCGAGAGAGUGAAAGAGAAGGGCAGGCAGAUGAAGGCAUCUUACUGUGUUCUUGUGAGUGUCCACCACAGCUUCAGUCAGAUCAUACAGCAGUCAGUGUAUCUGUCCAACAUAUCUCAUAUCUCUUCUUUUGGCAAUUCCCAUAGUCUGCAUUUAGUUGUGUAUUAGUACACACAGGCUUUCUCCAUUGUAAAUGCUUAGUUUGCGUAUGUUCUGCAACUUUUGUUUGUGGGGGGAUUUUAGAAUUGGAUUUGGAAGCAUUUCCAGUAUAUUGUGAACGGAAGGAUGCUUUCUACUGGGGAAAGUGAAGCGUUGUGUGGUGUUCUAAACAUUAAGCACUUUAUAAACUGUCUUGUGUGACCAGCCAAUCCUUAUCCAUCCAGAGACUCUGGGGUUAGAGCACAUGUACUUGUUGACCUCCAUUUAAAUAAUCAUUUGUAAAUGCUUUUUGUCACGGUAUACAUUUUAACACAUUGUCCAUGCAUUUAUACAUUUUAACACAUUGUCCAUGCAUUUAUACAUUUUAACACAUUGUCCAUGCAUUUAUACAUUUUAACACAUUGUCCAUGCAUUUAUACAUUUUAACACAUUGUCCAUGCAUUUAUACAUUUUAACACAUUGUCCAUGCAUUUAUACAUUUUCACCAUAUUUUUGGAGAUUUUUCUAAAGAUGUUUUUGUCUUAGUAUUGAAUUCAUCUGGAGCCUAUUUAUAUCAUGUGAUCCAGCCAGUGUCUGUCAAUUCAGUCGGAUUUCCCAUAGUGAGUAUACAGUCUUCGUUUUGAUGUCUGUGUGUAACUAGCUCCUGUUCGUAGGCUUGCAUAUCUCUGCCUACACCCCACAAAACAUUUAUAAUUUAAGUCGAUACAUUGUGUGUACACAUACAUGAGUGAGUGUGUCAUUUUUCUAAAAGAUUUACAGCAUAUUGCUAUCUGUAGCCUACAAUUUACUGUGUACUGUAACAAUCUGCGUAAUUUAACAGACUGUGUUUUACCCUGUCUUGUGUGUGGUUGUAGUUUUUAGUUGGUUUCUGGUUCAUGUACUGCCAGAUGUUGAACUAGUACUGCCAGUGUUCAGGGCAGAGCUGUGCGAAAUAGACACGCAGUACCUCUCCCAUGCAACGUCACUAGGGACUCACAGCAACACAAAGGCUGUUCCAAUAUCCGCACUAGCAUACCAUUUCCUAUGGACUUCCACAGCCAAAGUAGUCUAUUGGUAUGCUAUGCCUGUAUGGGCAUUGGAACAUGCGCUUAAAAUCUCUUACUUUGGUUGUUUAGACGGGCCACUCAAUUCUGAUCUUUUUCCACUAAUUGGUCUUUUGACAUCAGAUCUUUUUCAGUGCUGAUCUGAUUGGUCAAAAGACCAAUUAGUGAAAAAAAUGUAAAUUGGUCUGCCUAUCUAAACACAGCCAUGGAGAGAGCCAUUCUCAUGUUAUCUAUGGUGCUAUGUGCAGAUGUGAUGGACACUUCUAAUGCGAUGUUUAUACUAAUAUUUUAUACUCAUAUCAACAAAACUGAUAUUAAUCUUGUGGUUCAGUCUUGUGUUUCUAUAGCGAUGGCUGUGAGCAGGCAGCGUGAGGGGAGUGUAUCUGGACUUACUGAAAACAAAUGUUCUGUUCAAAACAUCCUAAUGUUUGUUAACUCAUUUACUCAGUUUGUUUACUCUUUUUUUAAACUACUUUAAAUCAUGCAGCUUUCAUGGAUAUUAACAUUGUGUUUUUGUACAAAUAUUUUAAAAUGACAUUUGUAUGGUACUCUCCCAACAGUUUUGCCUCUUCUGUCAUUUCCAUGCAAAUUAAUAUGCAUUUGAACCCAUGUUGCUCUACCCUGCUUUAGAUGAAAGGUGAUACUGCUAUUCCAUAUCCAAUAAGCAGUAGUCUGUUUGACAGAUUGACAUAAACAGAUGGAAUGACAACUUUUCAGUUGUUGCUCAGAUCCCUAUAUGCUCAUGUAGGCAUUUGACAUUUCAUAUUUUCUCAUUCUGUCCUGAGAAAGUAUCUAGUCCAUAUACAGAUGUUUUCACCCAUGAGUCAGAUUACAUGAUGGUCUGAUGUACAGUAUAUAAUUGUUAAAACGUUGGACGAACUCCAGUGUACAGUUAGGUGUGUAUACUACCAGAUGUCUUCAUGUAGAACACGGGCCAACAGUAGUAAACUCAUUCUAAGCUAACCAUACAUUUUGAAAUGGACACCGUUCCAGCAUAGAAAUAAGUUAUUUAUUCUCACAGAUAAUGUAUAGUAUUUUGAACACAAUUGGUUUCACCUAUCCAAAAUGUCAGUUUGUCCUAAACACAAUAGAUGAUCACAUCUCUAAAUACUGAUGUUCAAGCCUCCAUUCCAUUUCAAUGGGGGAUUUUCAAGAGCACAUAAUGUGGCAUAGUAAUACCAUACAAAUAGAUGAAGCCAACCUUGAGUAUCUCCUCUCUGUGAUGAAUGUAGCUUUACCUCAGUGAGAAAUCUGUUAGUACCAGACCAAUUCCACUGUUUUUAGAGAAAAUUUGAGGUAUCCUAAUAUUGACCCUUUGGUACGUUGGACGUGUGGAAAUGCAUUAUUUUGUGGUUCUAAUGUCUGGUUUCAUGUUCCAAGACCUCCUGUCACACUCACUUCGAUGUAUCUAUUUCUUAACUGUUUGAAUUCAUCACAUUCAUCUGAAAAUACUAGCUAAAAAGUUCACUUUGAAGUGGAAAAAUAGCACACACAUGGUCUCCAUCCACAAAUCAGUUGUCACUAUCUCAUGUGAAAAUGAAUAUCCAUGUUGAAAUGUGAGAUAGGGGGGAUCAGUUGUGAAGUUCUGUGUGCCUUGAAAAACCAUCAGUGUAGUAUGUUUACCAGAUUCCCUUUGUGUCGUGAGUCAAGACUGCACAUCUCCGCUGUCUAAUGUUCUAUGUCUAGAUGAACUCUGACUUGUCAUUCUUCAGUCUAGUGUCAGCGAUCUGCUUUUAGUUCCAUGACCACCUUAACCAAUGCAGUGUGAUUUAAUGUCAUCCAUCCCUGGUUGCAAUACUACAAAUGUGAUCACCUUCACUCUUGAACUGCUGUGCAGCUUAACACAAACUGUAUACAUGUUUGUUUCUAUCCUAAUUUCAGGACUGUUGAGAUUCAUAGUUGUGAGAUGGAAAAGGAAGGUGAUUGUUCCGAUUAGAUGUUGCAGAAAGCUCUUGUUGGUGUGUGCUUGUCAGUAUUACUGUUGCUGUGAAGAGCUUGACAUGAGAUCAAAAGGAGAAGUGAUAAGCGUUUAUCAGUAUCUAUUCAGGCAAUGCGUCAGAAGUUACCCUCUGUUUUGUCAUACAUAUGAAAUGUAUUUUUGUGAUAUAUUUCUCAUUCUGCUGCUACAUGAUGAGUAAAUAAAGAUGAAGGUCUUUGCUUCAA